ACACGUUGAGCUAAGUUUUCUAUUCUGACAGCCACGUUUUCCUCCCGUUUGAUUGAAUUUUGUUAAACAUGAUUGCAGAAUGAAUUUAGCCCGAGCCGAACGUGACCGACCUGCCGCGUUAGUGUAAAUCUGAACAGUAUAUGCUGGUUUUUAAGCUGCCACAUCUCUCCCUCGGACCGGAAGGAAGGAAGGAAACACUGUCACUGCAACCCUGAAGACAUCACAUUUUAGUUCACCUGCUCAUUUUCUCUGGCUUUGUUGAAAAAUGAGGACCGUGUUAUUGCUGCUGCUGCAUGUGCUAAUGUCCUGGUGGCUGCUGGUCAGUGCCACUCUCUCUAAAUCAGAUCCAAAGAAGUCGCAUAAAGCUGAGUCUGCGACGUCUCUAGCUGAAUUGUCUGUGCUGGAAAGAGGCCUUGUUGUGUCAGAUCUGCACUGGAAGGACAUAGUGAAGGAGGAGAAGAGAUACUGUUCCCACAUCAAGAAGACGUUUCAAGGUCCUGUGCUUGGAUAUGUAACACCUUGGAAUUCCCACGGCUACGACGUGGCUAAGAUGUUUGGCUCCAAACUAACGUCAGUGUCUCCAGUGUGGCUUCAGCUCCGUCGACGAGCACCUGAAACAUUUGAUGUUACAGGACUCCAUGACCACGACUCCAGUUGGGUGAAAGCUGUACGCAAGUCAAACAAGAAGGUUAGGAUGGUGCCUCGGCUCUUGUUUGAUGGCUGGUCCUACCAUGACUAUAUGAGCGUACUGGGGAGUGAAGAUGAAAUUGAGGAGCUGGGAAGUGAGCUGGUGGAUGUUGCAAAGACAGAAGGGUUUGAUGGAUUCACCUUGGAGCUUUGGAGCCAGCUUGGAGGAAACAAAAGAGAAGAGCUGGUGCAUUUGGUGAAACACAUAUGCGAGGCUUUGAAAUCUAAAAAGCUGGACUGCAUUCUUGUUAUUCCACCAGCUGUGACAAAUACCGGUCAGCCGGGGAUGUUUGGCAGAGAGGAGUUUGAAGAACUGGCCCCUGUCGUAGAUGGAUUCAGCCUCAUGACUUACGACUAUUCCAGUGGUCCCAACCCAGGGCCGAGUGCUCCCCUGCCCUGGGUCAGAGAAUGUGUUCUUCAGCUUUCUCCCAACACCCAAUGGAGGCAAAAGAUCCUGCUUGGACUUAAUUUGUACGGUCUUGAUUUCUCAAGUCAUGGAGCCGAGCCCGUCCUGGGUGGAAGGUAUGUGGACAUUUUGCGGGAGCACAGGCCAAAACUUCUCUGGGAUGAAUAUUCUACAGAACAUUACUUCAGCUACAAAAGAAAUAACGCAGUCAAGCAUGUGGUGUACUAUCCAUCACUGAAGUCAAUCUACCAGAGGGUCUCCUUGGCCUCUGAACUGGGAACAGGGAUUUCGUUAUGGGAACUGGGACAAGGACUGGACUAUUUCUAUGAUCUCCUAUAAAAGCGGGACUUCCUGGUACGGAUUGUAAAAACAGCUAAUGGAUUUGUCUUAAUAAUCAGAGUUAAUUCCCACUUUUGAACUCAAACAUUUGGUUAAUAUUUAACUUUGUUUUGAGCAUAAUGAAGGUGUUGAGAAGAUGGCUCUUAAAAGGUACUUAAAGCAUACACGGGUACUUCAGUGGGUGUGUGUGUGUGUG